UAGAGCUAACGAUAGAGCUCAAUUCUCUCUUAACCUAUUUCUCACUCUGUAUUUUCAAACUUUGCCGAGCUCCAUAUUUCUCACUCACACAGAGAAAGUAAGAUGAGUCUCCUUCGAAUUCAACCCUCUUUGUCUUUGCACAACCAAACCCUCUCUCUCUCUUUCUCAUCUUCCCUUUCCUAUUCCUCUUCAGUCCUCUUCAAGCACUCUACUAUCACCCACGGUCACACGCAGAGCCUGUGCUUCUACCACCCUCGCCUCUCGGUGGUCACGACGUGUUCCAUCUCCAAGAUACACAGCUACGGCACCGUCGACUACGAGCGCCGCCCCAUCGUGGGCUGGAACGACGUCUACCGCAGGAUAUCGCUCAAUCCAAACCCCCAAGUGGGGUCCGCAGAGGUGCUCAACCAGUGGGAGAACGAAGGGAGACACCUCACCAAAUGGGAGCUUUCAAGAGUCGUUAAGGAGUUGAGGAAGUACAAGAGAUUUCGAAGAGCCCUUGAGGUAUAUGAUUGGAUGAACAAUAGACCAGAGCGGUUUAGAGUUUCUGAGAGUGAUGCAGCAAUUCAGUUAGAUUUAAUAGCAAAAGUUCGUGGACUUUCUAGUGCAGAAGCAUUCUUUCUGAGUCUGGAAGAUAAGUUAAAAGAUAAGAAGACUUAUGGUGCCCUGUUGAAUGUAUAUGUGCAUUCUAGAUCGAAGGAAAAGGCAGAAUCUUUAUUUGAUACAAUGAGGAGUAAAGGGUAUGUAAUACAUGCACUACCAUUUAAUGUAAUGAUGACUCUGUACAUGAACCUUAAUGAAUAUGCUAAAGUUGAUAUCUUGGCUUCUGAAAUGAUGGAAAAAAACAUACAGCUAGAUAUCUAUACAUAUAAUAUCUGGUUAUCUUCGUGUGGAUCUCAAGGAUCAGUAGAAAAGAUGGAACAAGUGUUUGAACAAAUGGAAAAGGAUCCUUCCAUUAUCCCUAACUGGUCUACAUUCAGCACAAUGGCUUCAAUGUACAUUAGGAUGGAUCAGAAUGAAAAAGCAGAAGAGUGCUUAAGAAAGGUUGAGGGUAGAAUUAAAGGUCGAGAUAGAAUACCUUUUCAUUAUCUUCUGAGUUUAUAUGGAAGUGUUGGAAAGAAAGACGAAGUGUGUCGUGUGUGGAAUACAUACAAAUCAAUUUUUCCAAGUAUACCAAACUUGGGAUACCAUGCUAUUAUUUCUUCUCUGGUUAAAUUGGAUGAUAUUGAGGUUGCAGAAAAACUCUAUGAGGAAUGGAUUUCAGUAAAGUCAAGUUAUGAUCCUAGAAUUGGAAACCUUCUCAUAGGCUGGUAUGUUAAGAAAGGCGACACAGAUAAAGCUUUGAGUUUCUUUGAGCAGAUGUUGAAUGAUGGUUGCAUUCCAAAUUCAAAUACAUGGGAGAUUCUUUCUGAGGGCCACAUUGCAGAUAAGAGGAUUUCUGAAGCCAUGUCCUGCUUGAAAGAAGCUUUUAUGGCUGCUGGUGGUUCAAAGAGUUGGAGACCAAAGCCCUCAUACUUGUCUGCAUUCCUUGAGCUUUGUCAAGAGCAAGAUGACAUGGAAAGUGCUGAGGUUUUAAUUGGACUUCUGAGGCAGUCAAAAUUUAAUAAAAGUAAAGUUUAUGCAUCUCUCAUUGGCUCAUCUGAUGAAUUGCCAAAGAUUGAUACAGCUGAUAGAACUGAUGAUGCUGUUGACAGUGAAAACAUGGAUAAUGACUUGUUGAACCAACUCGGUAGUAGCUCUUGAUACUUCAUUUCUUUUUCUUUCUACUAGUGGAAAAUGAUUUGCUAGAACAUACAGGGGAAUUUUCGUCAAAUAUGAUCUCAUUAGAGUUUCUUGGAUUCUAUGUCUCAUCAUAAGAGUUAGAAAGUGGUAGCUGCUUUCGGAAUAUUUAUGCUACAAUGGUAUGUGAUUUUUUUCUUUUCAUACGAAUUGAUGUUGAUAUAUGUGAUCUGUGGUCAUCCUUGAAAGUGGUAGCUGCUUUGGAAUAUUUAUGUCACAAUGGUAUGUGAUAUUUUGCUUUUCAUACGAAUUGAUGUUGAUAUACGUGAUCUGUGGUCAUCCUUGUGUACGAUUUGUAUGACUUGUCUUUUUAAAUGUGAGUGUGUUUUGUGUUUAAACUAUAGUAUUUUAGGUUCAAUAUAAUGAGGACAUGAAUGAUG